AUGCAGCGGCCCAAGUAUCACCGUGGAAGCAUUUACUGUGUUGCAUGGAGCAACGAUGGACGCGUGAUUGCCACAGGCAGUAAUGACACCUCUGUCAACCUCCUUCGCGUUGAUCCCGAAACUGGUUGUUUUCCGUCAGCUUCCGACGCCACCACCAAGAAGACUGAGAACUUCAUCCAGCUCACGCACCAUGACGGCACUGUUCGGGAUGUCGCCUUUAUGCUAAACUCGUACUCGAAGGGGAGUGAAGCCGUGGCCGGUGGUGGUACCGCGGGCCACCUCCUCACAGCUGGAGCUGGUGACUGUCGCAUCUACGUCAUCGACGUGGAACGUGCCAGUCUGUUGGCUCGAAGCUCUCUCUCCUCCAGUGGCGGUGAUACUGGAACCAGCGGUGGUACCGCCCCCCUUCGCCUCAAGUCCUCCUCAGCUGCAGUUGUGCGUGCGCUCUCGGGCCAUUCCGCUACUGUCUACGCGCUGACAGUCUGGGCACCGGGCUCCCUCUUUGUCUCUGGCAGCGCAGACGCAACCGCAAGACUGUGGGACAUUCGAGCCCCGGCACCCGUCCUCAUAAUACCCUCUUACUCUGGCGCCCAGGGCAGCCCAUUCGCCUCAGUAAGCAUGGAACCCGGUGGUAACGUCCUGGCUGGCAGCCAUGAGGAUGCCACCAUCUCUCUGUUUGACAUCCGUGGUGCUCGUUACAUUAGUGCCUAUCGACCACACUCCAGCGAGAUUCGCAGUGUCCGGUUCGCCCCCAAUGACUACUAUCUGCUCUCCGCCAGUUAUGACAAACGUAUUAUCCUCACGGACCUUCACGGUUAG